UCCGAGGCUACCACACUUUUUUUGUUAACACCAUGGCAGGUAAGGAAGUGGCUAAACAGAGUCUCAAGGUGGUGAUGUUUCUUGGAAGUGCGCGUGAAAAUCGCGUUUGCACGCGUGUGUCGAAAUUCGUGCACGAGCAACUGACAAGGAGCGGCCACGACGUUACAGUUAUUGAUCCUCUGGAAAUGGACCUUCCAGUUCUACGACAAUCGAUGAUGUUUGUCAAAGACUGGACGACUCUCCCAGAGACUAUGGUCAAAGCCAAUGAAACGCUAGUAAACAGUGACACCAUCGUUGUCAUCUCUCCCGAAUACAACCACUCAAUCCCACCAGCGCUGAGCAAUCUCAUUGAUCACUUUCCCAUCUCUUCUUAUAAGUACAAAGUCAGUGGCAUUGUCUGUUAUUCUCCCGGGCCGUAUGGGGGCAUGAGAGCAGCGAUGCAGCUUCGUUGCUUGCUCUCUGAGAUCGGUACAAUCAGUGUCCCUCAUAUCUUUGGGAUACCUCACGUAACAAAGGCAUUGGACGAAGACGGGAAACCACUGAAUGAACAUAUGGAAUCGGGUGCUCGGAAGUUGAUCACUCAGCUGGGUUGGUAUAGUGAGGCAUUAAAAGCGAAGAAGGAGAAAGAUGGCGUACCAUCGUAGUUUAGCAUUCCUUCGUUAACUAUGACGUUUGAUUGAACUCGAUUGAGUCAACAGCAGCUUGUUGCUAAAAUGAUUGAUUUUAUGGCAUUUUUAUUAAUGAUUUUAUUGUUGUAUGUAUCACUACAUACCAUUAUUCACGCUGCUGCAUGAUGUGCACUUGUCCUUCAAUACAAGCUAGGUAUAAAAAUUUCAACAA